CCUUGCUCGCCGGUGCACCUAGGGCAGGGCAACACAGUGUUAUUAAAGGCUGGUUAGAGAGGAGAAUCCGAUCAAUCAAUCCCUUAACAGCUGCUUACCAUCAAAAUGGCAUCUCUGACCUGUCUUCUUCCUUGCUUGCCUACGACUCCCUUUCUUUCUCUCUCUCUCUCUCUCUCUCUCUUUCUAUUAGCCUUUUCGUUUUCAUCAAGCUGCAGAGCGAGCAGCAGCUGGCCUAGCUUUGGUUAGUUGGUUAUAAUCUAUCAACUACCUGCAGCAGUACGACUACCAUGGCAGGCAGGCAUGCUGGGCCGUCGUCACACCGCGUCCUCCUCAUUAAUGGCGGUCUGGUGAUGGGCUCACCCCCACCCCACCUACCCAUCAACUCCCCGCACCAUGAACGACGGCAGAUAAAUUAAACCACCACACCCCCAUUUUAAGGACAUCCUCCUGCUGCUGCGGCUGCUUGAAGAGGAAAGAAGGAGCUCUCGUCGCUGCAAUGGGGAUCUGUUGCAGCAGCCCGGCGGCAGGCGAGCUCCACGAUGAGCAGGGCUUCCCAUGGAUGCAAGACGAAUCCUUCCACCAGCAGCUCUGGACCGGCGCGGGGGCCUCCAUGCACACCAAGCAAGGAUGGAAGGGCGCCAACCAGGACGCCAUGACCGUCUGCCAGGACUUUGCUGGCCACAAAGGCCACAUCUUCUGCGGGGUGUUUGAUGGCCAUGGACCCCUUGGCCGUGAUGUUGCGCGUCAUGUCCGUGACGCCCUUCCCAUGAAGCUGUCCUCCACUUUGAAACUGAGAAGUGAAGAGAAAGAUCCCUCGAGGGAUAAUUUGAAGCUCACAACUGAAGAAGAUCCCUCCUCCAGUAAUACAGAUGUAGAUUCCUUUGACAAGUCAGAUUCCACCUCAUCCAGUGAUACAAGUGAUGAGAACCUACUGCUGUCUACAUGGAAGGACAUAUUUGUGAAGACGUUUGAGGAAGUGGAUCAGGACCUGAGGCAACAUUCAGGUAUCGAUUGCAUUUGCAGUGGCACAACUGCAGUCACUGUCGUCAGGCAGGGUGAUCACUUGAUCAUUGCCAAUCUGGGGGAUUCACGUGCCGUUCUUUGCUCCCGGGACAGUAAAGAUCGUCUGAUCCCGGUCCAACUCACCAUUGACUUGAAACCAGAUCUUCCAAGUGAACUCGCAAGGAUUCUGAAUUGUAAAGGCCGAGUUUUCGCUAUGGAUGACGAGCCAGAUGUGCCUAGAAUGUGGUUGCCUGACCAGGAUGCGCCGGGCCUUGCGAUGGCAAGGGCAUUUGGGGACUUCUGCCUGAAGAAUCAUGGCCUCAUUUGUACCCCUGAAGUGUACUACAGGAAGUUGUCUGAAAAGGAUGAGUUCCUGGUGCUUGCUACUGAUGGGAUUUGGGACGUGCUGACCAACAGAGAGGUGGUGAAGAUCGUGUCGUCAACCACGGACCCAUCCAAGGCGGCGAGGCAGCUGAUAGACCGUGCUGUCCGAGCAUGGCGGCGCAAGUACCCGACGUCCAUGGUCGACGACUGCGCCGUGGUCUGCCUCUUCCUGAACCGGAGGGCGCCGUCGCCCGAGGACAGCCUCCGAGGAGGCACAUCAGCAGAGGCCGUGCCGUUCACGGGGAGCUUCCGCAAGAAGGUUGCGAGCGGCGGCGGCGAGGCGGCGGAGGAGGGGACGACGGUGUGGAGAGCUCUGGAGGGGGUGGCGCGGGCGAACUCGGUGAUCAGGCUGCCGCGGAUGGGGCGCGUGCUGAGCUGGCGGAGGCGGUCGAGCUCUCUGGAUGAAGAUGAAGACGACGAGCAUCAGGAUUGAUUUGGUUGAAUUGAAUCGAUGGGGAGUCGUUUUCUUGGUGGGUGCACGUAGAAAUCUGCAUGGCUGCAGAAUGGCAUUCGGAUUUGGUCGAGGUAAUGCCAUGUCGCAUUCAGGUUGUUAGGAUGGAUAAGCAGAAAUGGACAGGGGUAGGCGUCGCUGAACAAGCAAAGUACGUAGUUCAUCCAGCUCGCCUGUGUAUCAAGCGGUGCUGCUACUUACCUCUUCUCUGCAUGAUUGAUCGAGUUGUGUGGGGGUAAAAGGGGUUUGAUUUUGUUGUAACUUUUGUUGCUGAGAUUUCUGACACCAUAUGAAAACGAUGGGCAUUUGGAAUUGUUACAACUAUUCAGAAAUCCAAGUUGAAACUUUAGUACUGAAUU